GUCGCCGCCUCCGCUCCCGGGGAUCCUCGCGCCCAGCCCACUAGCGCGCGCCUUGGGACGGUUAAGUGUAUUCCAAAACACCUUGGACGCUGGCCCGAGGAGGGCGAGUACGGGGGGCGGGGCCCGGCCGGGGAAGACGCCCCCUUCCCCCUGGGAGGCGGCCGUCGCGGGGCAAUGACGGAAGCACCGCGGCGCCGAACCGCCGUGGAGAAACGCUUCGAGGAGCGGCCUUCGAGCUGGGACCGCGACGCUCGAGGGAACGUGGCCGGGGUCCCAGGGUCACCUCUGCGCGUGCUCCCAUGGGGGUGCGCCCACACCUGCCCCAGCGAGCCGGGCACCGCCGGCCCGGCAGGGGCGUGCGGGGCCGGGCGCGGUCGGAGCAGGGCCCUCACCCGCACCCUCGGCCGGCUCCCAACCCGCACCCUCGGCCGGCCCCCGAGUCGCUGACCUACUUUCGCCGGGCCCUAGAGGCGCUGAAGGAGACGCCCGAGAGCGGGGAGGAGCGCGAGCUUUUGAUACAUAACGUGUUGAAGGAAUUGGAGACGCAGGCGGUGGCCUUGGCCACAGACAGGGCGGGCAGCGCCAUGCUGCAGGAGCUCUUGUCCUGCAGCCCCCCGGCCCCGCUGUGCACGUUGCUGGCGGCUCUCCUACCUCACUUAAGCUCCGUGGCUUGUCACCGAAGCGGGGCCCACGUGUUGCAAAGUAUCAUGCUGCAGCUGCCCCGAUUUCCAGAGGCUCUCACUAAGAAGGAAGAAGGAGUCGUAAAGGAUGGAGACCUCGAGAGUCUGGAGGAGCUGGUGCUGAAGCUGGCAUCAGAGGUGCGUGAUGCCUUAGUCCUCUACAGUGGAGACACUCAUGGCAGCUUCGUGGUCAGGACUCUGCUACAGGUGUUAGGGGGGACAAUCUUGGAGUCUGAGGUAGCCAGACCCCGAGGUCCCCAGUCACUUGAUGGCCAGCGGGCCCCAGUUCGGGAAUGGAAGCCAGCCAGUUUUGAGGUUCCUGAUACCUUCUUGAGUUGCUUACAAGAACUGAGUUCCUGUUUUCUGAAGGAUAUUUCUGUGUUCAUCACUGACAAGGUCUCCAGUUUCUGCCUCCAAGUAGCACUGCAGGUACUGCAUCGGAAACUUCCCAAGGCUUGUGGCUGUCUUUGUGAUUCUGUGAUCACAUACCUGAGUACUCGAAAUUCUGCGGCUGAUAGCAGCCCCUUGCUGCUAUUCCUACGGGACCAGACAAGCUCCAGACUACUAGAACGGGUAUUGCUGGCGUCAGAACCUCCACAGCUACAGAGCCUCUUUGAGGAUCACUUCCAGGGGCAGCUGCAGUCCCUAGCGGCCCAUCCAAUUGCUAACUUCCCCUUGCAGCGAUUACUUGAUGCUAUUACCACCCCCCAGUUGCUCUCCCAAGUGUUUGAGGAGUUGAGUCCUGCUCUGGAAGCUGUGCUGGCACAAGGCCACCCAGGUGUAGUCAUUGCUUUGGUGGGUGCCUGCCGUAGAGUUGGGACUCACCAGGCCCAGAUUCUGCAGUUGCUGCUGGAGGCGUUCCACUGUGCAGAACCCCCAUCGAGGCAGGUGGCAUGUGUACCCCUCUUUGGCUCCCUGACAGCCUAUGAGGUGUACUAUGGACUAGAGGAAGAAGAUGUACCUUCUGAACACAAGCUAGAGGUGGCUGCAGCUUGGCCCCUGGGGGAAGUGACUGUUCCUGGAUCACUGUUGCUUCAGCACCUGCUGCACUUCUCAAUCCUGGGCCCUGUGCUUCCAAGUCUGACUUCUAUGGAAGGACCACAGCUUCUGGCCUUGGCCCAAAGCCCUGCUGGUUCCCAUGUCCUGGAUGCUGUGCUAACUAGCUCUACCGUGACUGGAAAACAGCGUCGCAGAAUCUUACGGCGCCUCAAGGGACACUAUGUGGCUCUGGCCUGCAGCCGUCAUGGCAGUCGAGUGCUGGAUGCCAUCUGGAAUGAAGCAACUUUGGGGACUCGUAAGGAGAUUGCUGCUGAGUUGGGGGAACAGAACCAGAAGCUGAUGAGAGAUCCCUUUGGCCAUCACGUGGCCCGAAAUGUGGCACUGGGCACUUUCCUGAAGCGACGAGGAGACUGGGAACAGCAGCAAGGGGCAGUAGCCAAGCGGAGAAAAGCCCUGAGCACCGUACUUGGAGACUGAGGUCUUUGGACCUGGGCAUGGAGCAGUGCUGGGAGGGGCAACUGGCUUAGUUUGACUGAGAAAUUCUAAUAGUAAAUAUUUUUAUAUUUUUAUUGGAAAUGA